GGGUCCGGGGCUAUUUCGGGGCCGCCCCUCCCCCACCCGGGGCCAUAAAAAUCCCGCGGGGGCUCCGAACCCCCCGGGAGAGCGCGAGGGAGCCCCGAGAGAGGAGAGACCGCGACCAUGGCCCCCAAGAAGGCGAAGCGCCGCGCGGCCGGAGGGCAGCUCCAACGUCUUCUCCAUGUUCGACCAGACCCAGAUCCAGGAGUUCAAGGAGGCGUUCACGGUGAUCGACCAGAACCGGGACGGGAUCAUCGACAAGGACGACCUCCGCGAGACCUUCGCCGCCAUGGGCCGGCUGAACGUGAAGAACGAGGAGUUGGACGCGAUGAUCAAAGAGGCCUCGGGGCCGAUCAACUUCACCGUGUUCCUCACCAUGUUCGGGGAGAAACUCAAGGGGGCGGAUCCCGAGGACGUCAUCAUGGGCGCCUUCAAGGUGCUGGACCCGGACGGGAAAGGAUCCAUCAAAAAGAGCUUCCUGGAGGAGCUGCUGACGACGCAGUGCGACCGCUUCACCCCCGAGGAGAUCAAGAACAUGUGGGCGGCGUUCCCUCCGGACGUGGCGGGGAACGUGGACUACAAGAACAUUUGUUACGUCAUCACCCACGGCGAGGACAAGGAGGGGGAGUAGGGACCCCAAAAUCCUCGGAAUUCACCCCAAAAAUCCGGGAAUUCUGCCCUAAAAAUCCCCGGGAAUUAGCCCCAAAAUCUACGGAAUUCAGCCCAAAAAAAUCCGGGAAUUAUCCUCAAAAAUUUGGGAAUUAUCCCCCAAAAAAUCCAGGAUUUAUCCCCCAAAAAAUCCAGGAUUUUUCCCCCAAAAAAUUUGGGAAUUAUCCUCAAAAUUCUGGGAAUUAUCCUCCAAAAAAUCUGGGAAUUAUCCCCAAAAAAUCCAGGAUUUAUCCCCAAAAAAUCCAGGAUUUUUCCCCCAAAAAUUUGGGAAUUAUCCUCAAAAAAUCUGGGAAUUAUCCUCCAAAAAAUCCGGGAAUUAUCCCCCCAAAAAAUCUAGGAAUUAUCCCAAAAAAUUGGGUUAUCCCCAAAAACUCCGGGAAUUAUCCUCAAAAAAUCCGGGAAUUAUCCUCAAAAAAUCUGGGAAUUAUCCCCAAAAAAUUGGGAAUUAUCCCCCCAAAAUUUUGGGAUUCAUCCCCAAAAAAUCCAGGAUUUAUCCCCAAAAAAUUGGGAAUUAUCCCCAAAAAAUCCAGGAUUUAUCCCCAAAAAAAUCUGGGAAUUAUCCCCAAAAAAUUCUGGGAAUUAUCCCCCAAAAAUCCAGCAUUUAUUCCCCAAAAAAUUGAGAAUUAUCCCCCAAAAACUUGGGAAUUAUCCCCCCAAAAUUUGGGAUUUUACCCCCCAAAAAAUUCAGGAAUUCAGCCAAAAAAAUCUGGGAAUUCCUGCCCAAAAAAUCCUGGAUUUAUCCUUAAAAAAUCCGGGAAUUUUGCCUGAAAAAUUUGGGAAUUUUGGCCUAAAAAAUGUUUGGAAUUUUUGGGGUUUUGGGCAAUAAAAGUUUCUGGUUUUGCUCUCGGC